GAGAGAAAGAGAGAGUGAGAGAGGGAAGGGGGGGGAGGAUGCUGGUGGAGCGAGGCGGGACAUCUCAGCAUCCUCAGUCCUCCUGCGCGUCUCGUCGAGUGCACAUGCGCCAUCUUCACCGUCACCGAAAGGACAGCUGAAGAAGCCACGUCCCCCCAUGACUUUGAUUCGGGAUACAACUUCUAUGUGGAACCAGAGUUGAAGAGGGAGCAGCAGAGACGAUUGGUGAAUUGGUCACGGCCCGCAGCCUCCCUCCCCGUCUCCCUCCUCCUCAGCCCCACCGCCACUUCCUUUGCUUCCCGUCUUUGUCCCGCCUCCCCGCCACUAUGUCUGGCCUGGCUUCCUUCCUCGUCCCCCUCGCCCUCCUCUUCCUCUCCCUGCUGCCACCCUGCCAGUCAGAGUCCCAGCGUGGCGCGGCGGGCAGCGACCUCGACCAUCGUGUGGUCUCCGCCUCCAUGCUGCCCUCCUCCGGGACCUAUGGGAACAGCAGCGUGCCCGGACACGGGAAAUGUGAUGACGUGACGGUGUGCAAGCCGGGCAUCCUUCUGCCCGUUUGGCAGCCCAGCGAACCGGGGCUUGGAAACCAGGUGGCCAGAGCCGUGGUCUACUUUGUGUCUCUCAUGUACAUGUUUCUGGGCGUGUCCAUCAUUGCAGACCGCUUCAUGGCGUCCAUUGAGGUCAUCACAUCACAGGAGAAGGAAGUGACCAUCACUUUGCCAAAUGGCGAAACAUCAGUGGCGACUGUUCGAAUCUGGAAUGAAACCGUGUCUAAUCUCACCCUCAUGGCCCUGGGCUCCAGCGCCCCAGAGAUCCUGCUGUCUGUUAUAGAGGUGUGUGGUCACCAAUUCGAGGCAGGCGAGUUAGGGCCGGGAACCAUCGUCGGGAGUGCCGCCUUCAACAUGUUCGUAAUCAUCAGCAUCUGCGUGUGGACCAUCCCCAACGGCCAAGUACGCAAGAUCAAGCACCUCAGGGUUUUCUUCAUCACCGCCUUCUGGAGCAUCUUCGCCUACAUCUGGCUCUACCUCAUCCUGUCCGUCAUGUCACCCGGCGUAGUGGAGGUGUGGGAAGCCUUGGUGACGCUGCUGUACUUCCCAGUGUGCGUCCUCCUGGCCUGGAUCGCCGACCGCCGCCUGCUUUUCUACAAGUACAUGGGCAAGCGUUACCGCGCCGACAAACGCCACGGCAUCGUCGUGGAGAUGGAGGGAGAUUUGACGCCCAACAAGGGCGGCAUGGAGAUGAUCGCGGACGGCAAGUUCCUGCCACGAGGGGGCACUGUGGUGCCGGCUGAGAUCUAUGGAAAUGGUGACGGUGGAGCGGGCGUGGCGGCCAACAACGUUGGUGCGGCAGCGGGGUCCUCGUCGGCGGGAGCUGGGGGAAACCUGCCCAGCUCCAACAACGCUACGGCCAACUUGGAAACCAGUCGGGAGCUGGAUGAGAGUCGCAAGGAGGUCAUUCGCAUCUUGAAGGAGCUGAAGCAGAAGUAUCCCGACAAAGAACUGGACCAGCUGAUGGAGCUGGCCAACUACUACGCGCUGCUGCACCAACAGAAGAGCCGAGCCUUCUACCGCAUACAGGCCACUCGCAUGAUGAUCGGAGCCGGGAACGUCCUGAAGAAGCACGCCGCCGACCACGCCCGCCGCGCUGUCGUCACUGACGAGGAGGCGCCGGAAGACGACGACCUGGCCGUGUGCAGCCGCAUCUCCUUUGAAAGCGCACACAGUCAGUGCAUGGAGAACUGUGGCGUCCUCACGCUGGCCGUUGUCUGCCAAGGGGGCCUGGGCGAGAACACUUUCUACGUGGAUUACAGGACCGAGGACGGUUCGGCCAAUGCCGGGUCCGAUUACGAGUACAGCGAAGGAACUCUGGUGUUCAAGCCUGGAGAGACGCGCAAGGAGAUUAAGGUUGGGAUCAUCGACGACGACAUAUUCGAGGAGGACGAGCACUUCUUUGUACGUCUACUCAACCUGCGUGUCGGCGACGCAGAGGGGAUGUUUGAGAGCGACGAGGCGGGCGCCAUCCCCAAAGCUCGCCUGAUGGAGCCCCUGGUCGCCACGGUGACCAUCCUGGACGACGACCACGCCGGCAUCUUCACCUUCAGCGAGCGCAUGGUGCGGGUGAGCGAGAGCGUGGGCACCAUGGAGGUGACGGUGGUGCGCAACUCGGGCGCCCGCGGCACGGUCAUCCUGCCCUACCACACCGAGUCGGGCACGGCGAAGGCCGGCGAGGACUUUGAGGACGCGCAGGGGGAGCUGGAGUUCACUAACGACCAGACCACUCAAACACUCCUGGUGAGGAUAAUCGAUGAUGAAGAAUACGAAAAACACGAAAACUUCUUCAUCGUCUUGGAGGAGCCACGCUGGCUGAAGAGAGGAAUCUCAGCCCUGCUGCUCAGCCAAGAGGGGGCGGAGGGUCAGAUGAGUGCGGAGGAGGAGGAGGCCCGUCGGAUCGCUGAGAUGGGGAAGCCCAUCCUGGGAGAGCACAGUCGCCUGGAGGUGGUCAUUGAGGAGUCCUACGAGUUCAAGAGCACCGUCGACAAGCUCAUUAAGAAGACCAACUUGGCGCUGGUCAUCGGCACGCACUCCUGGAGGGAACAGUUUGUGGAGGCGGUCACUGUGAGCGCAGGUGACGGCGACGAUGACGAGGAGGGCCGGGAGGAGCGCCUCCCUUCCUGCUAUGACUACGUCAUGCACUUCGUCACCGUCUUCUGGAAGGUUCUGUUUGCCUGCGUACCCCCCACAGAGUACUGGAACGGCUGGGCCUGCUUCUGUGUCUCCAUCAGCGCCAUCGGCCUCCUCACCGCCUUCAUCGGAGACUUGGCGUCACACUUUGGCUGCACGGUGGGACUCCGGGACACGGUGACUGCCGUGGUCUUUGUGGCUCUGGGAACAUCCAUUCCAGACACAUUUGCCAGCAAAGUGGCCGCCAUACAAGACCAGCAUGCAGACGCCUGUGUCGGAAAUGUCACCGGCAGCAACGCCGUCAAUGUCUUCCUGGGAAUCGGCGUGGCGUGGUCGGUGGCCGCCGUCUACUGGAAGAUCAAGGGGAAACCGUUCAAGGUGGAUCCGGGCUCACUGGCUUUCUCCGUCACGCUCUUCACCAUCUUCGCUUUCGUCUCCAUGGGCGUGCUCUUGUUCCGACGCCGGCCCUCCAUCGGCGGCGAGCUGGGCGGCCCCCGGGUAUCCCGCAUCCUGACGAGCUUGCUCUUCCUGGGCCUGUGGUUCCUCUACAUCCUCUUUUCCAGCCUGGAGGCGUACUGCCACAUCAAGGGCUUCUAAGAAGGAGAUGACCAACGUAGUUCCACAACAACACACACACACUUUGACACGCUACAGGUGUAGGUUAAGAGGGCUCUUUGAUGCACACACACACAUACACACACACACGUACUCUUGGAUAAAGUGAUGACAGCAAACUCGGGUACAAGCAAUUUAGAUGGCAAAAGAAAGUCUGUUGAUGGCGAGAAGAGAAGAGUGAAUGUAGCGUUGACGUGGAUGCAAGUAAAGGUUGUAUCAGAGGAUGGCACUGCCGUCGGAAAAGUGUUUGCCCAAGAAAAUCCUCCCCCCCCCCCCCCCCCCCCCCCCACUCAGCGGUUCCAGGCGAGGAGGGGGGUGAAAUGGAGUCGAAUGUUUACUUUGACUUUAUGUACUGCACGGGAAGCUUGUUAAGUGUUUACACGGCUAAUGGACACAUCAGAGGAAGGCACUUCUCAACACGCGCUGUAAAUAGAACUGCACAUCUCGAGCGAGCCGCCCUCCGAUGUUUGUUAGGGGGCCCCAUACUGCGAAUCAAGGUGUCGCCAUCAUCCUGCACGGUUUCCAUAGUAACCAUAUCCCUGGAGAAGGGGGACUUUUUGAGCAUGUGUAGCCAGAUGUUGCCAUCCCCGUCACCCCGUAUGUCAUGUAGAAUUGUACCGUAAAUGGCCAUACUCGCAUUUGUGCGCUGAUGUGUGUGUUUGUGUGAUUACAGUCAUGGCACUAGGAGUGCUGGUGGGGCCAAUAAUCCACUACCGCACUACUACUACUUGAUCUUGCAGCAGUGGUGAAAGGUAAUGCAUGGGUGGUUCAAUUUAGCAGCUAAAGCCAUGAAAUUAUUUCACGUGUGUUCAUUAUGGAGGCACAACUCGUCAUAUUACAGAGGAUCUGGACUUGCACAUGAUUUGGGGCCCGCACAAUGUUUCAUGACACCACCCGUACAAUGCCUUAACUACUACAGCCGCCAGCUGUGAGAUCACUUGUUCUCACUGAACUUGUUGUCGCGUCACAUCCGAUUGGUUCCUCACUGCAAUCGGUGCAAGUAGUAGUCGACCAAGGGUUGCGUGUCUGGAUGUGGCCCGAGUCGAGGUGCGUCAAAACGGAUGCGGCGCUAUUAAAUCAAGUCCAGUACCUGUGACGGUGUUUUAGUAUUAGUCGCUGCUCGCUAGAUUUAGUAGAGGCGGAUAAGUGCUGCACGGCAUUGCACAGGAGGAAUAGAACAUCAAUUCAAGUCAAUGGUCCAGGUCAUUGCAUUCUCAGGGCAUUCAGUCUUAGAAGACGUUUCGCUUCUCAACCAUGUAGGCUUCAUCAGUUCAUGCUCAUAGACUUAGAUUGGUCAGAUCUCGUCUUAGAUUGGUCAGAUGCAAAAGAGCAAUCCUGUAGAUGCCAAGGACAAGUCGUUGAAGUGGAAUUUCCCCUCGUGAGCAUUGGGGUAUUGUGUGGCAGAACGAUUGCUGUGGAUCGACCACUAUCAGCCCAACAUAUUUGGAGUCACUCAGGUUAGCAUUCCAUUCAGUUGUAAACAAAUGGCACAAAGUAGAAUCUAUGACCACAAUGUUUCUAACUUCUGUUAUUUGUUGGAGGCUCAGUUGCAGAGUCUUUGAACCAUUCCUAUAUCAAGAUACAGGUGAUGGAAUUCCUGCUGGGCAUUGCUGCCUGACGCACCUCCUCCAGUGCCUUUUGAUAAGUGUGCUGUGACACCUCACCGAACGCCUCUGUGGACAUAAACGGGUCCUCAGCUGGGGACCACCAUUCAUCAACGUUUCGCUCCUUUAACCCCAGAACGUCUCAUGGUGGCGGAGCGAUGGCAGGGAUGUCUCCCUGCCACCCCCUGCUGAUGUCUUAGGUGUUUGCCCCCCAACUCUUAUGCUUCCUCCUUAGCCACAGCCAGAAGCUGCCUUUGUCCGCCUCCUCGGCCAGCUCUUUCAUGGCUUUCCGAUGCCCCGCUCCUGUGCAUCCAAUGUCUCGGAGUAGGCUGGCAGUUGAGGAACCCACGAAGCCCCUACACCCUACUUCCACAGGGCAGAUGACGGCUUUCCAGCCAGCCUCCCUGCACUCUGCUGCCAGGUCAGAGUACUACUUUGUUGGAGGCUCAGUUGCAGAGUCUUUGAACCAUUCCUAAAAGACUAACAGGUUGAUCCACAGCAAUCAUUCUGCCACACAAUAUACCUCAAUGCUACCAAAGGGAAAUUCCACUUCAACGACUGUCAUGGGCAUGCUCUUUUGCAUUUCAACAGUUGUUUUUCUCACUACGACAGGGCGGAACCAUCCUUGCCAUGGCAAAACAACCUGGUGUUGGAGUAUAAAUAUUAGGGGUUUUGGCACCAGCCGCCAGACUAGAUGUGAUCAAUCUCAGUCUAACACUAAAUCUGACCAAUAUCAGUCUAAGACUAGAUCUGACCAAAUCUCAGUCUAAGACUAGAUCUGACCAAUCUCAGUCUAAGACUAAAUCUGACCAAUCUCAGUCUAAGACUAAAUCUGACCAAUCUCAGUCUAAGACUAGAUCUGACCAAUCUCAAUCUAAGACUAAAUCUGACCAAUCUCAGUCUAAGACUAGAUCUGACCAAUCUCAGUCUAAGACUAAUUGUGACCAAUCUCAGUCUAAGACUAGAUCUGACCAAUCUCAGUCUGACUAGAUCUGACCAAUGUAAGUCUGAUAGCAUGACCUGAUGAAGCCUACUUGGAUGAGAGGCGAAAUGUCUUCUAAGACAAACCAAGCAGUCCAGUUGAAUGCCCUUAGAACAUACAUUCAAAUAUUUGCAUUUUAAGUUACCAAAACCAUCGGUUGUACGCAACGAGCAGAUGCAAGACUAAAUAAACUGCAAACCAUCAGUGCGGCAAAUUCUCCCGGAUGAUUGUUUGUUGUCAUAUUCUACAUUCCUUACAUCCUAACAUGUACGGUGAUGUCACAGUGCAUCAGCAGAGUUGUCAACAUUUUGUCUUUCGGACUAUAAGUGCUGUACAAGUGUGUUUUGUGUUCCGUGAGAUCAAAAAGUUCUGUUUGCCUGAACAAAGCCAACUUUGUACCCUUUCUAGAGCUAAUUUUGUAUAUUUUCCUCGCAGGUGCAACAGAGGUAGUUUUUUUUUGUACAGUACUUCUGGACAAUGUUUAGAGUGGUCUCAGUGUCCACAAACACUAGAGUUUACAUGACUUGAGUCGAUUAGAUUUUGAUACAAGUCUCCUUUGAGUGCUAGGCUAUCAUAACCAAGCGUAUCCAAUUGACUGAAAUAACCGUGUGUGCUUACUGCUGUUUGAGUUGAAGAGCAUUUAUUUGUGUUUAUGAAGAAACAAGCUGUGCCGCAGGUCCUUGAUUUCAAUGUGCAAUACAGAAAACAUGUCUUUCCCUAUUAGCUUGGACAUGAGGUCGUCUUCUCCGUCUGUGCCAGUGUUUGUCGCUCUUCAUCCUGCUCCUACAACGGCGGCGCUGUUUUGAGUGUACGUAGCAUGUUUACAUGAAGAAACGGUGUGGAACAUUGGCAGAUUAUAUCGACAGAGGAGGGUUUCCAAACAUGAGGUCGCGUCAACAUUUAAGAUGGCGUGUCAUGAAAAUGCACGUUUGCUGAACUCAGACCCCAAAGCAGAACUGUCAACAGCCGGCCAAUGUUCCGUGUUUCCAUUUGGCUUCGGCCUUUGUUGUUCUCUAGUUAGAUGUGUUGCCCCCUACCCCUACCUAGUGUGGGCUUGUUUGCGUUCUCCAUGUUCCUCUACGGCUGCAUGAGCACCCCCAUGCAUCCCCUAUGUGUUUUUAGCAGCAUGUGAAGGACACCUAUUGGCAUAUUUAAUAGGGUCCCUGCAAUCCCAACUUCAGAGGCGCUGGGUGUAUCAAAUAAGCAAGUGACACAAAUAUCAGUGUCAUGUUCUUGCCUUUGGGGAACUGUGAAAAUAAGAACCCAGUCUGUUGGGCCGCGGCAACAUUUCGACGCAAUGUUGCCGAUCUGUUUGAUUGUUGAUGUACAAUAUCUGUGUUGUGUUUGUGUCCCCUCCCUUCUCCCUCCUAUGUCUCGUUCUUCUGUGUCUUUGUGUGAACAUCUCUCUCUGCCUGACCCUUUGUAGAGAACAAAAAAAAAACAAUUACAUGUGUUUGACAUUUAACUCAUUAACUCAGAGUAAUAUUUAAGUUUUAUAUGAAAUGUACAAAAAAAAAUUCAAAAAUGAUGCUUGUUUUCAGAACAUGGCAUGAGGUGUAAUGUGUUGGUCAACAGAGGUUGACCUUAUUUGAAUAUAUUUUAUUUAUUUUCAAACCAGCACGUGUCUGAGUCUUAAUUUCUACAGAAUAUCAUGAAGGUAAUAUCAACCCCUGAGUAUACCUACCAAGAAUAGAACAAAUAUAAAAGUACAAUCAGUGACUAUGAUAUACCAAAUUGGUCUUGGUGGUACCAAAUUAGUUUUGAUGAUCAUAGUGGGGCCAGCAGGAGAUCAUCUUGAGUGGAGACAAAAAAAUUCAAAAAUGAUGCUUGUUUUCAGAACAUGGCAUGAGGUGUAAUGUGUUGGUCAACAGAGGUUGACCUUAUUUGAAUAUAUUUUAUUUAUUUUCAAACCAGCACGUGUCUGAGUCUUAAUUUCUACAGAAUAUCAUGAAGGUAAUAUCAACCCCUGAGUAUACCUACCAAGAAUAGAACAAAUAUAAAAGUACAAUCAGUGACUAUGAUAUACCAAAUUGGUCUUGGUGGUACCAAAUUAGUUUUGAUGAUCAUUUACCCGUGUAAGUGAUCAUAGUUUUUAGGUUAUUAACGCGUUUUCAUUCAUAACUAGCCCCGCCACCUUGUCAAAAUCAAUCAAUCAAUCAAAGUUUAUUUAUGUAGCCCUAAAUCACGAGUGUCUCAAAGGGCUGCACAAGCCACAACGACAUCCUCGGCUCAGAUCCCACAUCAGGGCAGGGAAGAACUCAACCCAAUGGGCUACAAUGAGAAACCUUGGAGGGGACCACCGAUGUGGUCGACUGGUGUAAUGGACGUCGAGUGGAUCUAGUUAAUAGUGUGAGAGUCCAGUCCAUAGUGGGGCCAGCAGGAGAUCAUCUUGAGUGGAGACAAGUCAGCAGCGCAGAGACGUCCCCAACUCAAUCAAUCAAUCAAUCAAUCAAUGUUUACUUAUAUAGCCCUAAAUCCAGAGUGUCUCAAAGGGCUGCACAAACCACAACGACAUCCUCGGCUCAGAUCCCACAUCAGGGCAAGGAACUGAUGCACAGGUGAGGGGUCCACCCCAGGUCCUAACUUUGAACAGCUAGCGCAACAUCUGUGGUCACCUAAUCUGUGCCCCACCUCAAGAGCAGAAAAGAGACGGCAGAUCAACUAGUCUAAAAGGGGGGUCUAUUUAAAGGCUAGAGUAUACAAAUGAGUUUCAAGAUGGGACUUAAAUGCUUCUACUGAGGUAGCAUCUCUAACUGUUACCGGGAGGGCAUUCCAGAGUACUGGAGACCGAAUAGAAAACGCUCUAUAGCCCGCAGACUUUUUUUGGGCUCUGGGAAUCCCUUAUGAGCCGGAGUUCUUUGAACGCGAUUUCUUGCCGAGACAUAUGAGUCAUAAAAUAUUAAUGACAUAAAAACUAUAAUAGUUACAUACAAAAAUGUCGCAAAAUAAAAUGGGUCAAGUCUGGGGAUACAAUAUUGCCAAAAGUAUUUGGCCACCCAUCCAAAUGAUAAAUUGGGGCUUGGCCCCUUAGUUCCAGUGAAAGGAACUUUGAAUGCUCCAGGAUAUCAAAACAUUUUGGACAAUUCCAUGUUCCCAACCUUGUGGGAACAGUUUGGAGCGGGCCCCUUCCUCUUCCAAAACAAGGUCCAUAAAGACAUGGAUGAAAGAGUCUGGUGUGGAUUAACUUGACUGGCCUGCACAGAGUCCUGACCUGAGCCCAAUAGAACACCUUUGGGAUGAAUUUAACGGAGACUGAGAGCCAGGCCUUCUCCACCAACAUCAGUGUGUGACCUCACCAAUGCGCUUUUGAAAGAAUGGUGGAAAAUCCCUAUAAACAAACUCCGCAACCUUGUGGACAGCCUUCCCAGGAGAGUUGAAGCUGUAAUAGCUGCAAAAGGUGGACCGACAUAUUGAACCCUAUGGGUUAGUCCAGGGUGUACCCCGCCUUCUGCCCGAUUGUAGCUGAGAUAGGCUCCAGCACCCUAUAAAACCUAUACAAGUGACAUUGUUAUCACCAGGAAAGAUGAGGUCACCUACCUAGGUUCCAUUCUAGAGGCUAAUCUUUCCUGUGAUAAAAUGGCAACCAAGGUAAUCAAAAAGGUCAACCAACGAACGAGAUUUCCCUAUAGAAUCUCCUCUCUGGUCAACAAAAGCACCAUGAAGAUUCUAGCGGGAACUCUCAUUCAACCUUUUUUCAAUCACGCAUGCACCUCCUGGUACCCAGCACCUCCAAAACCCUCAAAUCUAGACUCCAAACAUCCCAGAACAAGCUAGUCAGAUUACUUCUAGACCUCCACCCCAGAUCACACCUCACUCCUACCCACUUCUCCAAAGUGGGCUGGCUCAGGGUGGAGGACAGAGUAAAACAACUUGCACUGAGCCUAGUCUAUAAAAUCCGCUACACCUCCCUGAUACCAAAGUACAUGUCAAACUACUUCCUUAACGUAAAUGACCGCCACAACCACAACACCAGGGGGAGCUCCACAAACCACGUUAAACCCAGAUUCCGAUCUAACAAAGGUCUUAACUCAUUCGCUUUCUAUGCCACAUCAAUAUGGAAUGCACUCCCAACAGUUGUAAAAGAAAGGGCAUCUCUAUCCUCCUUCAAAACCGCACUAAAAGAACACCUCCAGGCAACUUCAACCCCAAACUAACACCCUCCCUUCCACAUCCCACCUCCCCUGAUUGUAAAUAAUCAAAUGUAAAUAAUCAAAUGUAUAUACUUGUUCUUAUGCUUUCUGAUCUCUCUCUCUCUAUGUCCACUACUUGCUGUACAUAUCCUACCAAUCCUACACUGUUCCAAUGUCCAUUUCUCUGAUGAUGCAAUUGUUGAUGACUGAAGUGUUGAUAUCAACCAAACCUAACCCCCCCCCCCCUCCACAUCCCACACCCCGGAUUGUAAAUAAUGUAAAUAAUUCAAUGUAUAUACUCUGAUGAUUAUCUUGUGUGAUGACUGUAUUAUGAUGAUAGUAUAUAUAUCUGUAUCAUGAAUCAAUUUAAGUGGACCCCGACUUGAACAAGUUGAAAAACGUAUUCGGGUGUUACCAUUUAGUGGUCAAUUGUACGGAAUAUGUACUGUA